GUAACUUGUCAAUGAGAUGAAUUAUUCCACCGGUCGGAUAAAGUCUUAACCCGAUAUGUCGAUCAGACAGGAUAAAGUUUAACCGCUCGGGCUCUCAUCAGACAGGAAGUGAGCGGGGGAAGUUUCGUCCUCGGGGGGUUGUUGAACUGCGCCGUGUAGCAGCGAGCAGUGCCGAGCGCUCAGCAGGCCAGCAGCAACGGAUGCAAUAUAUAUGGAAGGCACUCUACGCUUGCAAACACGCCAACGAAACUUCAUCUGAAUACUCGAAGAAGGACUAACGAAGUUAACUUACUCUUCUUAAGUAACCACCCCAUCGCCACACCGAUCAUAGCAAACCCCGUCGAAGAAGGACUAACGAAGUUGAAUGAACUGCAACUGUUGGGAGGAAAUAAUUAUAAUUGGAAUUAUCGUUUUGAGCGAUCGGAGAACUCCUGCUAGCAGAUCAGAAAUUAUCGAAGGAAAUUUCAACGAUCUUUCAAAUUCUCCAUCCGUCGGACUAGAUUUGAUUAUCAGAGAGAUGAAUUUCGUGAAGACACUUUCUCAACGAUCUUCCACCCAAGUUGAAUUGUAUCUAUACCGAUCGAUCGAUCGAUCGAUCGAUCGAGCGGUAUAGAUACAAUUCAACUUGCUCGACGAUCAUCAUGAUAGAUGGGUGUAUGCGAUCCGGGAGAUGAUUGGAUUGGGCGGGUGGGAGGAGAGGGGGUAGGGGGGUAGGGGGUAGAGGGUGGAGGGAGGGGGGGGGGGGGGGGGGGGGGGGAGGGGGGGGUUCGUACUACGUAGUUUCGUCUCGUCGGGUGGCGGAGAGAGAUUGCUGCUGCCACGUUGCGCAGGGCAUCGGACGGCGGCGGUGUGUGUUCUUGAUUGAUUGAUCGAUUGAGAGAUGUGUUCUUGAUUGAUUGAUUGAUCGAUCGAGAGAUGUGUUCUUGAUUGAUUGAUCGAUUGAGAGAUGGAUCCAUCGGAAGAGGAUUGAGGAGAUGAGAAGAGGACUGAGGAGAUGAGAGAUGGUGGGGAUGGAUUUCAAUACUCGCCGGGUCCCUUUCAAAUUUCAGUUACUCCUCUUCCCCUCCCUCCCCCCUCCCCUCCCUCUCCCCCACCCUUUCUUAACAGGUUCCGGCGUUUUCCAGGUUUACAGGCACAGGAUGUCAGACAGAGCGCCAAAGGGUGGAAUCACCGUGAGUGCAAACAAGUACGGAAGAAAGGGAAGCUGCGCGCCGGCGUAUGGAAGGAAGACAAGGUCGAAGCGCCAACGUUACGGAGGAGGGUGCCGUCGUCGUCCGUACGUCCGUACGAAGGAGCGCCGGCGUACGGAAGAGGGUGAAGCUGCGCGCGCCAGCGUAGGGAAGAGAGUUGAGAUGUCAAUGUCGACGCGCCAACGUACGGAAGACAAUGUCGAAGCGCCAACGUACCGCCGUACAGACGUACGGACGACGGCGUGCCAAUGUCCGAGCGGCCGGGUACGGCAGACAAGCAGAGGAUCUCGGCGGCAAGGGAUCGAUCGAUCGAUCGAUCGAAUUCAGAUCACCAAGGUUGGAAUCCGAUUUUAUGUUCAGCGGCGCGCACGAUUUGCGGCGGAGAAGCGGAUCUUUUUUCUCAGGAAAAUCGAUUUUUUUUUUUUUUUUCAGGACAAUCGGAUUUUUCACAGAGAAGCGGAUUUGUCACUUGUGCUUGCUCGCGUAGAAUCUUUUGAUCCCAAUUUGUCGCAAGUCCGUAUCCGGACUGGUUUUCUGAUUGAAUUCCCUUCUGUCAGUGAUGGGGAAAAAAAGAAAGUCGGAUGAUUAAGUCGGAUGUCGCUGCAGUGCAUAACUCAGGUCUGUCUUUCUAACUCCGGUCUGUAUUUCAAUUGGUUGAAUUUAUAUUAUCUGCUGCCGUCCGUGCACUCACGCAGUGAAGCAGCGCAGUUCGAACAGUCAGGGCCAACGUACGGACGUACGGACAAUGUACUCAAGGCCAGCGUACGGACGUACGGACAAUGUAUUGCAACAGGGCAUCCUGGGCAUGGGUGUUCCAGCUGAGCUAGGCAGUAGGCAGGGUAGUUGGGAUUUCAAAUCGGAUUGCGAAUUGGAGUUGGACUGUUCGAGUGAAAACAGUUUGACUGAGUGGAAUCGGACAAAAAGAAAAGGAGGAGGGGGGACAGGGAGCGGCGGGGAAAUUUUCGAAAUUAUUGCCCAAGCUAAG